AUGACUCCUAAACACAAAAAAAAUAUUUUGAGCGAGGAAUGCUUGCGAGACGCCCUUAUGGUGCACCAUGCCAUAAUAAAUAUUAGCGGCUACACCAAACUAUGUUUCAGGCAACAGUUUCCAAGCAUUCUACAAAAAAAUGCUGGGCACAGAUGCAUGGUCAGCAGUCCUCUUGAACUGGCCGGAACUUACUUCCAACAUUUAAACAACCUUUCAACCAUUCUGAUGCGUGAAUUGACCAACCCUACAAUUCUUCUCUCUUCUGGUCAAACAUUCAAAUCUUUUCACGGGCAAAUGUUGGCUAAUUUUCAAAUGGAGCGAGAUAGAGAUCCACUGACAGCUCAUGCCGACGCUCUUCGUGCUAUUUACUUCAUGAAAAAGUCAAGUAGUAAAGAAGACGACGAAGAAAUUUCGAGCUUCGAAUCCUCCUUUGACAGUCUCCUCUCUUCGAUGGGUCCGCGCCUGAAAUGUGCAAAACUUUCCUACAAGACUGAAAGAGCAUCAAUGGAUGCCUUGCAAGAUGUCUUUAAACCGGAGAUGAAACCUCUUUUUAUUUCAGUGUUCUCACUGUCUGUCCUUGUAUUCCUCGUCAUAUACUUUUUUCUUACUAACGCCACUUGUCCAUCAACAGCGUUCCUCAUGUUGUCUUCGAUUAUUUUACCAAUAUCAAGUUCUGUUGGUUCUGUCUCCAUGACAAUCACUCCCUUAUCCUCAACUACCCUAUGUAUUCCCUUCUUGUUGUUAGGGAAAGCAACCUCUGACGUCGUACUUUUCCUAGUGGAGUGGGAAAGGCAGAAAAAGGUGUCAUCACUUCAACAUCGCGUCAGUAAUUGUGUAGCUAGAACAGGGGUCCUAGCUACGAUGACAGCCCUUUGUGGAACUCUUCUUUCUGGAAUUGCAAUCAAAUCUUCUUUCGAGGGGAUUCGCAAUUUUUUCGUGACAAUACUUAUCUUUUAUGUAAUCAUUUCUGCUUUUACUUUUAUAAUAACAAUCAUUUUGCAGAUGCACUUUGAAAGGGCGUCAAAGACAUCCAAAACCCUUCCUAUUCCGCAGUGCAAAAUGAAAUGUCUCAUUAAUGAAGUUGAAAGUGUCCCUCAAGGACGCCUACAACGCCAUGAAACAAAACUGCAACGGAUUCUUAAGGGAUUGCUAGAGAACAUAACAUCACAUGGCGGCAAAAUUGUCUCGCUUGUACUACUUUUCAUAACCAUCGCUCUGUGUGUUUUGCCCAUAUUCUUACCCGGAGAAAGAGUUCGUACCAUAGAGUCCCGCUAUCAGAAUAACAACUUCAAACAGUUCAGUGGGGCACGAAAGAUUUUCUUCCAUGAUGAAACUGAUAUAAGCAUCGUUUUCUCCGAGGACAUUGACUAUUCAUUUGAAACUGUGCAAAAUCAUAUAAUAUCAGUUUGUGCGAAAUUGGAAGAGGCCACCUAUGGUGAAGGAAAGCCACUCUGUUGGAUGGCAGUCUUACGAAAGUGGAUACAAAAUGAAAACAUGAGCUGUUCGCACUCAAAAUUCUACCAGUGUUUGAAACAUUUCCUUAAUGAUUCUCACAGUUUGCCAUUUCGACAAGAUCUCGUUUUGGAAGUUUCAACUUCUGGUGUCAAAAUUUCAGCGUCUCGAAUUCAUCUAAGGAUGUCACUCGACAACAGAUUUCAAGAGGAUAAAGAAUUCCUUAAGAAACUGAGAGGCGACUUACUUGAAAAGUUUCCCCUAAAAGCCACCCCGGUCUCUGAGGAAUUUUUCGACCUUGAUGAUCUCUCUAAGUUCGAAAAAGAAUCAGUUAUAAUUUUGUUCGUUGCUGGUACAGUGGUAGUGUUUACAAUUUCUUUUCUUGCUACCGUUCAUUGCGGUAUCAGUAUCUUUUUGGCUCUGACAUUCGACCUCUUUGUAAUGGAAGCAGCAGCUAUUUUGAGAGCAAUGGGAAGUUACGUGAAUCAAAUUGCCUUUCCGUCUCUUUUUGCACCGAUCAUCAUAUCCUUAAACUUCAGUUUUGAAGUGGGCCAUUCGUUCUUGUUUUCAGGUAAGCAAGAAAUACGGGAGCGCAUGAUUGACGCCCUGCGUUCUGUUGGAUUGCCAGUGCUGAUUGGUACGUUAAUAUCCAUGGCCGCCUCUGUCUCAUUAGGGUUUAUUCUUCCAAACUUGGCAGACAUUUUCCAUCUGACCCACCCUAUGGUCUUAAUUUUGGGCUUGAUCCACGCUCUCAUAAUACUCCCAGCAGUCAUCAUAUCAUAUGAGGAAUUUGUGCACAGUUUUCAUUUCAGUGGUGACGAAGAAGAGGAACCAAAUAGCCAGGAACUUCAAGACUUUCCCCUAGAGGAAACACGAGGUGGCAACAUAGGGAAGUUCUUGUCUAGACGUCCAGGAAUUUCUAUUGUUGGCAUCAGUUGUAAAUUCCCCGGUGCUGGCAGUGUAGACCAAUUUUGGAUUCUUCUAAAGCAAGGAAAAAGUUCAAUCAGUGCAGUUCCUGAGAAUAGAACAGAGCAGUAUAGAAGAUUCGUCGAGCAUUACAAUCCCAACCGUUUUGUUAAAAAACGCCUAUGUACUAUCAACGGUUCUUUCUUGGAAGAAAUUCGAAGUUUUGACAACAGAUUCUUUGGUAUCUCCAGCCAAGAGGCUCGUGGAAUGGAUCCUCAACAAAGAAUUAUCCUACAAGUGGUGUAUGAGGCAAUCGAAGAUGCAGGAAUGCGACUUGAAGACCUACAGAGGUGUAGAACAGGUGUUUUUGUUGGUGCUAUGAAUCUUGACUACGGUAGUCUUUUAAGAGAACAAUCAAAUAGUGGCAAUAUUGAUCAGUUUUCCGCGACAGGAACAACGGCCAGUAUUCUGGCUAACAGAGUGUCAUUUUGCCUUAACCUAACGGGUCCAAGUCUUGUUGUGGACACAGCGUGCUCUUCGUCGCUUACUGCUCUAAAGAUAGCCUGUGAUAACCUGCACAAUGAUGAUUGCGACGUAGCCAUCGUUUGUGCACCUAAUCUCAUUCUCUGUCAUCAUAUGCAGAUGAUAACAGGUAUGGCUGGACUACUCGCGCCCGAUGGGCGUAGUAAAAGCUUUGAUGCUACUGGGGACGGUUAUGGACGAGGAGAAGGCUUUGCAGCGGUAGUUUUAAAAAUGACAAGAGAUGCUUUGUGUGACAAAGACGAUCCGUAUUGCGAAAUUAUUGCAUGUGGAAUGAACAGUGAUGGACAAAAUGCCGUGCCAAUGACCGCUCCAAGUACCGAGAUGCAAGUUCAACUAUCAAGGUGGGUGCUGGAACAAUCAGGAGUGACUGCAGAAGACGUGGAUUACCUUGAGGCACAUGGGACUGGUACUGCAGUCGGUGACUUAGUGGAGGUCACCUCGAUAGCGGAGACCUACACUAGUAGAGCCACACAAUCCGUACAGAAGUUAAGAAUCGGUUCAGUAAAAUCCAAUAUCAAUCACACAGAAAGCACUUCUGGACUUGCUGGGCUAACUAAGGCUGCUCUGAUGAUAAAAAAGAAGACGUUUGUACCAACUGUCAACGUUCAAGUUUUGAAUCCCAAACUAAAGCUAGAAGAGAAGGGGCUAGUUUUGCAACAAACUCUUGAGCCUUGGAGCAAAGAGAAUGGAAAGUCGCGAAUAGCAGCUGUAAACUCAUUUGGAUUUGGUGGGUCAAAUGUUCAUGUUAUACUCCGCGAGGUUACAUCAACGCCAAACCUAAAAGUUGAAAACUUGACACGUCGUAAUAGAAUUCUCACGAUCACAGCGCGCUCUAAAGAUGCUCUCAAGGAGAUAUCACACCUUUACUCUGAGUGGAUUAAGGCCAACGCUGGAGAAAUGGAUGAGCACUUUGUUGAAAACUUAUGCUACUCUUUAAAUGAACGCCGAACUCAGAACCCGCAUCGCUUGGCAGUUGCCUUCGGAUCCAUUUCCGAAGCAGCAAAGUCACUGGAGGCCUUCGCCAAUGACUCGGUGGGUUGGGAUAAGUUUGCUUCCUAUGCCCAAGUGACCUCAAGUGACAGAAAACUUGUUUUCAUGUUUGGAGGCCAGGGAUCGCAAUGGUAUGCCAUGGGAAGACAGUUAAUGGAAUAUGAAGCUGUUUUCAAAGAAGCUGUCUUGACAGUUAGCAACUUUCUGAGAGACUUGGGAGUGACAUGGUCACUUAUAGAUGAGUUGAUGGCCCCUGAAGACGUUUCCAGAAUAGCGGAAAACUGUAUCGCUCAGCUGGCCACCUUUGCUAUCCAGUACGCAACUGCACAGCUGCUGAAAUCCUGGAAAAUUCAUCCGUCAGCUGUUAUUGGUCACAGUUUAGGAGAGUUUGCAGCUGCUUGCGUUGCUGGAAUCAUAACUGUCAAGGAAGCUGUUAAGCUAGUACUGGCUCGCUCAACUCUUCAAGAUAGAUGUGCUAACAAUGGAAGUAUGGCUGCUUUAGGCAUGUCCGAGGUCAAGGCCGAAGAAUUACUACUUACCCUUAAAUUAAGCCCCUCUCUCGACAUAGCAGCAAUUAAUGAUGCUAAUAGUGUCACAGUAUCUGGUGAAUCACAAUCGAUUAAAGCACUGGGAGAACAUCUAUCGACCCACGCAAAGGAUACUUUCUGGCGUGUUCUUGGAACAAAUCAUGCAUUUCACAGCCUGCAUAUGGAACCCAUCAAGAAACCUUUUCAAGGAGCUGUUGAAGCCAUGCAUCUGAACCUUAAACUGUCGAAAGUUCCAAUGUACUCUACUGUUGAGGGAGAAGUGAUUUCGAGUCAGCACUUAAACAAUGAUUAUUGGUGGCGAAACAUUCGAUGUCCAGUCCAAUUCUAUCCGGCGAUGAAACAGCUUUUAAGAGAUGGCUACAGACAAAUUGUUGAGAUCAGUACCCAACCAAUUCUAGCCCACUAUGUCAAACAGAUUGCUCUUCAAGAAAAUCUCACAGUUAAAGAAAGGCCCAUUGUCGUGGUAACUCUUCCGCGUAAGAGGGUACCCAUCAAGGAUCAACACAGAUGCUUUCUUCAGAACACAAUAUGCAUAUUGUACGCGGCAGGAUUUCCAGUAGAUUGGACUCAGAUGCAGAGGAACCAGUCAGCUAGAUUUGUUCGGCCCCCAAAUUCCCCAUGGCUGGAAAACAGCUUUUGGUUCAGGGAUGGCCCAUUGGAAACUGUAGUGCACCGUCUUGGUUCUGAGGAAACCAUAAAGAAGAAACCGCACCCGUUUCUUUCAGAGGUAAAAAAGACAGACCCAUUUUCAGGUGUACACUGCUGGGAGACGGAGAUUGACCUACAGAAAUUUCAGAGUCUAAAGGACCAUGUUCUUCUUGAGGGAGGUACAGUGCUGCCCGGAGCUGCUUACCUGGAGAUGGCAUUCGCAAUGGCAAAGGAAACGUUCAAUUAUGGCUCUGGCAUUGAACUAAAAGAUGUAAAGUUUUUGAGUAUUCUUACCUUGCCAGAAACAAAGGUGAGCAAAUGCUAAAUAAAAAAUACAGUGAAGCUACAGUUGAAUUUCUGACUGUUUAUAAUCCUUUUUAAUUUAGGUUAGAUCCUUACGACUACGCCUGGUAAAGUCCGAAAGAAUUGACGAGGCCCAGUUUCACAUCACUUGCUUGCAGGAAAAUCAGUCUGAAAUCAGUUUAAGCAGUGGAAAUAUCUCUGUAGAUCUCUUGCACAGUAAAGAAAGCUGUGAGGGAAAAGGUAUUGUAACAUUGUAAUACCUGCCCCUGUUCUCUGUUUAUUUGUAUACCUCUAAAUUUUAUAAAAGUUGUUUUGAAAGCCACAAUUAUUUAAUAAUUUAACACUUACAAAGAUAUUUCCUUAUUUUUUUCCGGCAGGCUGCGAUGAAGUUGGCCCAGCCUUAAAUGAUUUGAUCAGAAGUAUGACAGAAGUGCCCAUUGAACGAUUGAAACAAUUAACCCAGAAGUAUGGCUUUGACUUCGGAAAAUCUUUCUCGUUAAUCGAAAAAACCUGGUACUGCGACAAUAAUGGACUUGCUCUGGUUGAUAUUGGUGAUUCACCCCUGGUUCAGGCAGAAAGUAAAGAUUUUAUUGUACACCCUUCCAUUUUAGACGCCUGUCUUCAAUCCUGCUUGCUUUCGCGUGUGAACCGACAGAUUGAUGAUUUAGCCGUUGCUCCACUUCCAUUCGGACUGAAGAGCAUCACUUUAAGUGACGUUCCAUCCACCAAUAAGCUGUAUUGUCACGUCUCUGAAGAUCUCAGUUAUAUUGGAAGGUACAACAUCACGUUAAUGAGUCCAUCAGGUAAAGUUUUACUGACCAUGAGCGGGUUUCGAGUCGUGGAAAUGAGGCAAUUACCACGGCAGUUUACUUCCGAUGAGGAUCUUGCAUAUGACAUGCUGUGGGAGGAAGCGGAUGUGCAAGAACACAAACGAAUGACGCCAGAUUUGACUUGUAUCCUACUAAGAGACAGCUCUUUGUUCUCAAACGCCUUAAUCACAAAACUUCACGACUCGAAGGUAAAAGUAAUUACCGUUGAUCCACCAAAGAGUUUUUGUUUUGACGCUAAAGCAGUAGAGGCAAUCAGCACGGCCUUCCUUGACACACCCCCAAACGAUUCAUUCAGCUUUAAAGUGGUUAAUAUGUGGCCAGUAGAAACCACUCUAAUACCGAGCAACUUCGAUGUUAUCGAACGAGUGCAAAACCUUGCCUUCAGCAGCUCAGUAUUUUUGAUCCAGCAGCUCGUUAACAAAGGGUGGCUUAACUGUCAACUGCUGCUGGUUACUGAAAGUACGCAACGGUUAGAUACCUCCAUCAGAUCUCCACAGAGUAAUUUCAUUCCGUGGGCGUCAACAGUCUGGGGUCUAAGACGAACAGCGAAGCUCGAAGAACCUGAUUUGAAGAUUACAACAAUUGAUAUUGGUGACAAGAAUGACCUAGAUGAGGUGGAUUGUUUGCUUUCUGAGAUCCUAGGUGAUGGUGAGGAGGAUGAGGUGGCCUUCCGAGAUGGAAAACGUUUCAUAAAUCGCCUUGUGAGAUCAAAAAUUUCCUCAGAGCAACCUACAAGCGACGAAAAUUUUAGAAAAAAGGAGUCCUCUCUUUACCUGUCGAAUAUCCCUGCCUCACAGAAGAUCUGCCUGCGCCAAAACAGUGUUUCUAAACCACUGCUCUCUGAGAUCACAAUGGAACUGUUUCAUUUCUGGACACCCUCUGAGUCUAUAGUUGAUGCAGCCAAACCAAAUGCUUGUGUCUUUACUGUUGGAAAGGUGGUUGCUCUACCGAAGGGAACUGAAAUUGCAAAGUUGCAGAUUGGCGAUGUGGUGUGUGGUGUUAUGACCUCCGGACGUGUUUCUCGUUCUCUUCCCAUUAAAGCAAACAACGUGUUCUCUAAGCCUGCCUGUCUAACUCAAGAGCAAGCGACAUGCAUCCCUGCUUCUCUAGCUAUAGCCUUUUAUGCCUUACAACGGGUGGCAACAACGGAAGAAAGUAAGACGUUACUGAUACAUCAAGCUCAACUUAGCCCUGGACCUGCAUCAGUUGCCCUUGCAAAGACAUUGGGUCACAGAGUAUUCUGCACCAUAUCUGACACUUGCCAAUCAUCAACUAAAUCCGCUCUCCUAGAGUUGGGAGCAGAGAGUGUGGUACAUCAGAGAUACACCAGUUUUGAAGAUCAUUUCAGUAACCCUCUCGAUGCAAUUAUCUUUUUCCACCCACCUCCUCCAAACACUCUUCAGAAAAGUAGUCGGGCUCUCAAACGCGGGGGAAAAGUUGUCAUUUUGUGCCCUGAAUUCAGUGGUGAUGUCGUACUUCCUGCAAAUAAAAACGUUGUGUAUGAAAGAGAGAACAUUUCAGACAUCCUUCGAUCACCACAGACUUACCAAAAGCUUAGCUCAGAAAGUCUAACAGUCCUAAAAGAUGGAGGACUUCUUGAAAAGCUUCUGGAAAUCAACUUGAUAUCCACAGAAGUACCAACAGCAGUUGAAGCUGCAAACGAAACCAGGCUCAACGAAUCAUCUUCGAAACGUUUAACAACAUCAUCCCCAGGUAUUUCCUUUCACAUUUACUCAUUUGCACCGUCUGAAGCAGGUUCUACUCUGCAAAAGAUUCCCGUUCUUCCACGUGGUCUGGAUGAGUGUGGCCUCAAAGAAAACAGAACGUAUCUAGUAGCAGGAGGGAUCAGAGGAUUUGGAUUUGAAGUGGCCUGUUGGAUGGCUGGAAACGGGGCCAAGUCUAUUGGGCUUAUUGGUCGUUCCAAGCCCUCAGAUGCAGAAAACCAAAAACUAAGAGAUAUUGAAAGAAAGACAGGCGUGCAGUUCCAUAUUUUCCAGGUAAUUUAAUGCAUCACCUUUAAGGAAGCCCCAAAGGUCUUUUUGACCGCGAGAUCUGGGCGGGAACAAAGCGCGAGCUAUAUAAAAUAAACAUGGCGGCUCAAUACGAUCGCACGAUUGUUAUCUGGAAAGGUGUGUUAAAAACAGUUUAACACAAUACAGCUUUUAUGUUAUGGAGUCUCGGGUUUCCAGCGACUGCACCCGUAAUAUUCAUAGGCCUUCUACGCCUGAGAAAGAGGUCAACCGAAUAGAGAACACCGUGGGAAAGGUUACCAAAAGGCGACAGAUCGCGACAAAUUCGAAAGUUUACACAUGCUCAAAUGGAGAUCGCGGUGAAGUUCUAUUCCAUUACGUAAUAUUUUGCGACAUAGAAAAUAAGGAUAUUUCGAACGAGAUUUAUCGCGUUUCCCUUGGUGGAAUUUCCUAAGAUUUACUGAACCCUUCAACAAAUAAAAAAAUUUCACAAGACCAAAUUUUAGAUAGACGAAGAGAACACAAAAUGGCAAAUAGCGAGGAAACUGCCUCUGCAACCUCUAUUUUUUUUCAGCUUUUAAAUAAUCGGCAGUACAAAUUUUACUAAUUGUGAAAAUUUUGAGAGAUUUCACCAAUACAAAUUGAAGAGGAACAGGGGCAAAGCCAAAUUAUCACCGGCGAGCGCCUCCCUUCGUGGAGCCUUAGCUUAAUAACGAAAAUCUCUUUGCUAAUAUUGAUUACAGAAAAAGAUAGUCCGAACCUUGCUCAUUGCCCUUUUGAUGGCUUUUAGUGACCUAGAAAAGCGAAAACAACAUAACAAACUCGUGCCAACAUUGAGAAAAAACCCUAUGGAGCCUCCUUAAAUAAACAAAAUUUCUCAUCUGGUACAAGGCGUGCUACGAAGACACUUUUCAUGUUGAAAGAAUGACAAGCUGACAAGAUUGAAAUUUCCUGAGUAGGAGAAACCAGGUUGCUUCUGAAGGAUUUCUGAAAAACUGUUUCGGAUUUGAAGCACAGUGAGAGGUUUAUGAAUUAAAAAUUAUAUUAUCCUUGCUUCUUUUAGAUUGACAUCUCAAAACAAGAGCCCAUGAGGUCGUUGAAAGUGCAGCUUGAAUCUCUUCCAAGUGUAGCAGGAAUAGUGCAAUCUGCUAUGGUUCUUAACGAUGCCUUAAUUAAAGAUUGGACAUUUGAAGGCUUCACAAACGUCAUGGGACCUAAAAUUCAAGGUUACUGUAAUAAUCUAGUGUCAGGAAGUUUGAAAUCUUAAUUUUUAUUGUUCUCAAAAUAUUGGAGAACGUUUACAACACUGUAAAACUGAGUAAUGCUCCUAACGUUGUACCCAUUCAUAUGAAGUUUUAUUUUCCUUAACAUAUAAUAAAAAGGCUUUGAUUGCGGGAGUGUAUACUUUUUAUAUAGAUUACAAUAAUGUCAGUUGAAUUGAAUUGACAAAACUUUGGCCAAAAUAUUUUACAACUGACUCUACUUUAAAACUGAAAAAUGCUUGAACAUCUCGAAAUUGACCAAACUAUAUGGUAUAUUGAUCUAGAGCACACACAACACCUGAGCUUCACAAAUUUGCGUCUUCACCUUAAAUUUAGCCGAAAUAAUGACUGUGAGAUAUAUUUUAGGUUCCUUUUUACUACAUCAACUGAGCUUGGAAAUGGAUCUGGAUUUCUUCGUUAUGUUUUCCUCUAUGGCAUCAGUCGUUGGAAACAUAGGAUCAUCCUCAUAUUCAGGCUGCAAUGCUUUCCAAGAUUCUCUCGCCCAUUACCGGAGGCAGGUGCUUGGUCUACCCGGUCUUUCGAUAAACUGGGGACCUAUAGGAGGGGCCGGUGUGUUAGCACGUAAUAUGGCAUUGGCUAAACACAUGGCAGCAACAGGACUGGGCUUCAUAAACGCUAAAGAUGGUAAAGUAUAAUUCACAAAGAUACUAAAAUUUUAAGGUCAAUACUUACUAAAUACUUCUAUCUGAAUGUUAAAUCGUUCAAAGAGGCAACAAAACUAACUGCAAUGAGUGCACAGGAAAUAGUUCCAUUAUCUUUGAAAAGUCUAUUGAGCUGAAAGCAUCAGCGCAGAGGUUAUCUUUGACACAGUGACUGAAAAGCUACGAUUGAUUUGUUUUUAUUUUGUACAGAACAGUUUCUCUAUUACUUUUUUUUUGGAAUGGAUGGUUUAGCUGAUUGCAAAGUGUUUACUCCAUGAAUCAGAAGUCUCACAAACAACAGAAAUCAGUUGGUGGUAAAUGGUGUUCCUGAAUAUGAGACGGCAACUUCCGCUGAAUCAGUCAAUAUAUAUUUCGCCAACUUGAAGUUUUCUAAAACAAAACCUUCUCUGCUUCCUUUGUAUUCCGGGAUUCAGUUGCAUAUUCAUGAUACUUGUGCACAGUCAAGCUGUUCAUCACAAUAACGUGUCACAGGCCAUUUUGUAAUUACUUUUCAGGCGUCAAAUUCAUGGCCAAGGUUUUAGCCCAGGAGCCGAGUCGUUCUCAAAUCUCCCUAUUUGGUGUUGACUGGUUUCGAUUCAUGAAAAGUAACACUGGAAUUCGAAAGAGUCUCCGAUUUUCACUGAUCACGGGAGGAAUGAGCAUUUCUGAUGGCCAGACAAACACAACCGAUUCUUUGCUGCAAAGGAUUCAGAUGGAAGGGAAUCCAGAAGCAAAAGGCAAACUUGUCUUGGAGUAUAUUUGCAUGGUCAUGUCAGACUUGUCAGGACAUUCGUUUUCUUCAGAAAUGGAUCUAAACAAAAGCUUGUACAGCCAGGGUAUUGACUCAACUGGAGCUCUGACCCUUAAAAUGCUACUUGAAUCCAAUUUGCAGGCUACUUUUGAGGUAAGUUCGUUACGUAAUGAAUUAAACAUUAUUUAAUUGAGAUAUUUUUCUUUUGAUGGUAAGAUAUAAAACUCCCAUUGAAUAAAGAGCGGUCUAACCCUUAAAACCAUUUUAAAAUGUUUUUAGUUCUAUAAUAAGGUAAUUGUGUUCCACUUGUAUUUGAACUCAAUAGCUGUCCAUUAUAAUUCAAGUGGAUCAAAAUCGCCCCACCAUCUACAAAAUCAAACAAACCAAUAGAUGCCGAGCUUAUUAUUUGGCGCUAUUAUGAUCAUUUAAGUCAGUUACAAAGAGUAUUUUGAAGAAUUAUGGUUGAAGUCUCGGCUCAUAAAUGUUUUGCGUGAUCAUUUUUCAACAUGUUAUUGGCAGUCAAAAGUGAACAGUUUUAAAAUACUUUUAAUAAACUGUAACCUGGAGGCCACAUUACGCAUUUCUUCAUUAAGAUGGAAAUGUAUGAGUACUGACUGAGAUGUUAAAAAAUAAAUCCUUCUUUUAUUUUUCAGAUUCUAUACUUUAUGCAGCCUGAUACCACUGUAUCAAAAUUGGCCAGGGAAGUUAAUGCCAAGCUUCUUGGAAAAGCAGCCAGCCUCAAUAGUGAGACUCAAGAAAAUGGACCCACGGACACUCAAUCAUCAGAACAAUCAUCUCCCACAACCAUCUCAUCAGAGCCUGAAGUGCAAGUCCUACCCCUGUACUCUCCUGAGGGCUCAGCAAUAAAAUUCUUCUGUGUCCAUCCCUCACACCGCUAUGUGUUAAGUUUGGUGCCUAUAUCCACUGGAUUUCAAGGACAGGUAAUCCCUGACAAUUCAAUCAUGUUAUUUAUCGCUAAAGUCAGUGUUAGUAAGUCCACAUACAUAUCUAUAGGACUAUUACCAUUUUCCUGGUUUGCCAAAGUGAUUUCUAACGGAAUAGACUCUAGCUGAUAUGUUUUAAAGGCCGUCUUGACCUCCAAGUAUUUUUUAUCCAAAGAGAGCUGGUCCGAGCUAUCAUUUGUAAAAGUCUUUCAACGUAUGGCCGUAUCUUUCAUUUUUCCUUAUCAGGAUUUGAUAUCCUUUUAUGCCCUGGGCUUUACCGACCCCACAGUCAUCAGUGAAGACUGGGGAAGUGUACGAGAGCUUGCCACACAUUAUGUGCAGUUGAUCAUGAAGGAGCAACGCCACGGACCAUACUUUUUAGGCGGAUAUUCAUAUGGAGGACUUCUGGCGUACGAAAUGGCUUCCCUGUUGAUAGAACAGAAUCAGAGUGUGGAGUUUGUUGCCAUGAUUGACACAAUCCCUUGGUCAUCACGUUCACAUACGGUAGCCUCUAGGCUG